ACGGCAGAAUACCAACGAAGAAGAAACAGCAGCGAAAGUAGUCGGAGGAGUGUGAAGCGAGCUACAUGUCGCUGCAGGUCAGCUGUCUGUCGUUCCGGCAGCCGUAUGCCGGUCUGGUUCUGGACGGGGUGAAGACGGUGGAGAGCCGCUGGCGCCCCCUACUGGCCCCGCUGGAGAACCAGACUCUGGCUAUCCACAUCGCCCGGCGGGACUGGGAGGGUGAGGAUUGGAGGACGGUGCUAAGCGGUCCGUUGGGGAUGAACCGUGGUCAGAUGGAAGCGCUCCUGGAGUCCGGGGAGAGGUUCGGCCGUGGCGUGGUGGCAGGGUUGGUGGAUGUAGGAGAGACCUGGCUGUGCCCCGCCUCCCUGCAGGGGGAGGAGCUUCAGCACCUGGAGCGGUCUGCUGUUCUGAUUGGUCUACAAGAGAAACACUUGACUCACCUGUCAAACCCCCGCUGGCUGAAGGAGCCGCUGAGUACUCAAGGAGGUCGUGACCUCUGGACUGUGGAGAUUCCCUAUGAGCUGUUACCAUGACCACACACACACAGUGGUGACGUGUUUUUCAUGUCCGCUGACAAACAACUUCAUGAAAUCUGUUUUUUAAUAAAGUAGAAAAAAAAAAGGAUGCUGGUCUCUGAAGAGGACUUUGGGUCUGAUCCCAACCGCCCCCCUAAAGACACGUGGACUCACAGGAAGUCCACGUAGGCGCUCACUCCUGCACCCGAUGAUUCCACAGUGGGACACCAUUAAACCUCAACGUCCGAGUGCUGAUUUGGAGAUUUAGCCUGUGAAACCCAAUGACUGGCGGUCGCCAUAUUGAAAAUGUUGACUAAGGUGGAGCUGAGGCGGGGCCAGUGGUGGGGGGCGCCAAGGGGGCGCCAAUCCACUCCCCACAAGGAGUUCAAUGGAUGGACAAUGAAUACAAUUUAAAAAAAUAUGUUUUCAAUAAAAGAUAGACAUGUAGGAUUGUGAAAGGGCAAAGUAAAGAUGUGGUUGUUGAAUAAAAUAAUGAACCUGCAAUAAAAAAGUAGAUUUGAAACU